UCUGCCCAGAUCGGGAGACAGAGGCAAAGGACAGGGAAGGGCAGCUUUCCGCCAGAGGAUGAGGAUGAAUGCCAAAUAACAGACCUGUAUUACUGGAGGCCCUUCGGGGAGGUGACCGUGAGCUGGCACUGAAGAGAUGAGUGGGCAUUUGGGAACACAGGCAGUGCCAGCAGAGGGACCCGCACUUGCAGAGGCAGAGCAGCAUGAAAAUCCAUGGUGUGUGCCAGAACAAGCGUUUGCAGGGCCGCCCCCUACCGCUCCUGCCCUUGUGUGCCUCUGUGUCUUUGCUGGGUGGCCUGACCUUUGGCUAUGAACUGGCAGUCAUAUCAGGUGCCCUGCUGCCACUGCAGCUUGACUUCGGGCUAAGCUGCUUGGAGCAGGAGCUCCUGGUGGGCAGCCUGCUCCUGGGGGCUCUCCUCGCCUCCCUGGUAGGGGGCUUCUUCAUCGACCGCUAUGGCAGGAAACAAGCCAUCCUCGGGAGCAACUUGGUGCUGUUGGCAGGCAGCCUGAGCCUGGGCCUGGCUAGCUCUCUGACCUGGCUGGUCCUGGGCCGGUCAGCAGCUGGCUUCGCCAUCUCCCUCUCCUCCAUGGCCUGCUGUAUCUACGUGUCAGAGCUGGUGGGGCCACGGCAGCGGGGAGUGCUGGUGUCCCUCUAUGAGGCAGGCAUCACCCUGGGCAUCCUGCUCUCCUACGCACUCAACUACGCACUGGCCGGUGCCCCCUGGGGAUGGAGGCAUAUGUUUGGCUGGGCCGCCGCGCCUGCUCUCCUGCAAUCCCUCAGCCUCCUCUUUCUCCCUGCUCGUACAGAUGAGGCUGCAGCCCACAAGGACCUCAUCCCUCUCCAGGGAGGUGAAGCCACCAAGCUGGGCCUGGGGAGGCCAAGAUACUCCUUUCUGGACCUCUUCAGGGCGCGGGAUAACAUGCGAGGCAGGACCACGGUGGGGCUGGGGCUGGUACUUUUCCAGCAGCUGACAGGGCAGCCCAAUGUGCUGUGCUACGCCUCCACCAUCUUCCGCUCGGUCGGCUUCCGAGGGGGAUCCUCAGCUGUGCUGGCCUCUGUGGGGCUUGGCGCCGUGAAGGUGGCAGCUACCCUGACCGCCAUGGGGCUGGUGGACCGAGCGGGCCGCAGGGCCCUGCUACUAGCUGGCUGUGCCCUCAUGGCCCUGUCUGUCAGCGGCAUGGGCCUCGUCAGCUUUGCUGUGCCCAUGGACUCGGGCCCAAGUUGCCUGGCCAUGCCCAACGCCACCAGGCUGUCAGGCCUCUCUGGGGACUCUGGCCUGCCAAGGGGCAUAUCGCCACCUCCGCUGCCAACAAUCAGCAAGAGCCAAGCGGAGCCAGUCUUGUCAACCUCUAAGAAAACCAAGCCUCAUCCCGAAGCUGGGAACCCCACAGCCCCUCUCCUGCCAGCCCUAAGCCCCGCCUCCCCCGCGUCCCCUUCUCCCGCCCCAGAGCAGGCCCUGCUGCACUGGACUGCGCUGGUCUGCAUGAUGGUCUUUGUGAGCGCCUUCUCCUUUGGGUUUGGACCAGUGACCUGGCUUGUCCUCAGCGAGAUUUACCCCGUGGAGAUCCGAGGGAGGGCCUUCGCCUUCUGCAACAGCUUCAACUGGGCCACCAACCUCUUCAUCAGCCUCUUCUUCCUCGACCUCAUCGGCGCCAUCGGCUUGUCCUGGACCUUCCUGCUGUACGGGCUGACCGCCAUCCUCGGCCUGGGCUUCAUCUAUUUGUGUGUCCCUGAAACAAAAGGCCAGUCGUUGGCAGAGAUAGACCAGCAAUUCCAGAGGAGACGGUUCGCCCUGAGCUUUGGCCACAGGCAGAGCUCAGCUGGCGUCCAGUACAGCCGCAUCGAGGUCUCGGCAGCCUCCUGAGGGGUCCAUCUGCCUGGAAGAUGCUGGAACCAUGGCUUCAGCAGACAGUCUCCAGCUUCCUGCUUGUCUAGGCCCCGGAGCACAAGUGCUAGGUGGUCUUCAAGAGCUGUCCCUGCUUCAGAAGACGUUUUAUUGCUGGGGUGAAAGGGAUGAAAGUCGGAGAACCCCCAAGUCUUCAUUUUGAGUCUCAGGCUCUGAGGGUUCCUAAGCAUCUGCUCUCUUGCCUCGGUUUCCCCACUGACUGAAUCUCUGCAGUACUUCCAAGGAGAACAUCUUAUGGAGUCUCUGUUGCUCUAGGGCUUUCUCAGAGAAUCUAGGGUACCAACCCUGGCAGGAAGUCUCUCCUGGUAUGACCCCUAAAUCCAGCUGAGGAUACCACAUGACUCCACUCUCUUUUUCCAUCUGGGGAGGACUUUUUGGUGAGAGAGAAACCUGCUUUUUGGUUCUUAGUUCUUAGUUUUGCUCAACCCCUCUAAUUCUCCUUCCCAGAAUAUUUAUUAUCCACCAGCAACUCAGACUGUUCUAGUUCUGAUUCUGCUGGUGUUAUUGCUGAAUGACCGUGGGCCUCGGUUUCCCCCGUAUGUACAAUGGGCGACCUGGCCCAAGUAGUUAAGAUCUCUUCUGGCGCCAGUGAGCUGGAAUUCUAAAUGCUGGUAAUAUGACAAAUAUCCAACCUAGGCCCUGCUCUCAAGUUGCUAGUCAUCUCUUCGGGGGAUAUGAGUUUUAAUUAGGGGAGAGGUAAAUGAGAUUCCAGAGUUCUGUGCACUGAAAUCCAAGAGCGUCACAGU